AUGGAGAAGUUUGAACUCCCAGACGUCUGGACGGAUGAUGAUGAAAUAUAUAAGCUUUUUGUUCCAAUAAAGAGGCCUCGUCAUAUUGACCCUGUUCUAUACGAUUAUAAAGUUUCAUUUUGGAGAGAUCUUAUCAUCAGCUAUGCGAAGCACAAUCGCGUUAUUGUUGUCACAGAGGCCUCGUUAACAAAGUUGUUCAAACGGGAAUUUCAGUCUGAUGGAGUUACUUACUAUCCUACAUGCUUGCAUCAAGUUCUCACUGAUAUGAUGAAUAAUGGUCUUCUUGAUGUUGUGAAUCAGGGCGGCAUGUUUGCCAGCAUUAUUAAUUGGGGAGUGGAGUGGGUUAUUAAAAAACCAGCUUCAUGGGCCUGGGCAUUCAUACAGGGGACUGAUUCUCCUAAUGAUGACCUGAAUCGGAGAGGAUAUGAGUCGUCAGAUACUCCCCUCUAUCUCACUGAACAUGUUAUGCCUUUAUGCAAACAGUUUAUAGAACAUCUUAAAUCAUCACAAGAGUCGCUUGUUCAUGAUGCGCAUGUAUAUACGCAAGACGACUUUGAAGAGGCUCUGGGAACAUUCUUCAAGCAUAUACCUACCCGUCUCUUCAUAAGCAGCCAGCUAUCUGAGAAAGGAUAUGCAAAAAUUGAAUCUUCAACACCUGUCACGUUAGUUUUUUUGCUCACCGACAAGCAACCCAUUAAUCUCGAUCCCAAAACUCUAUCCUCUAUUGCACACCUUCGGAAAACUAUGCGGCAAAUUAGUGAAGACGAGAAACGCCUUUCUAGUGAGCUAGCUUGUCGUCGUGCCCGUGUUAAGGAGCUAGCACGGAACAAUCAAAAACAGGUUGCGUUGGAUCUGUUGCGCCGUUGCAAGCACUUGGAGGCUGAGCUGGCACGAAAAACUCAACAUCUGACUCAACUUGAGGCUCUUGAAUUAAAAUUAAGUGCUGCGAAGGAUAAUCGAACAGUUCUUCAUGCCAUUUCGGAUGCCAGUUCAGCUUUGAAACGGACUACAGGUGGUAUAGUAGGUCUAGAGGACGCUGAAAGAACCAUCGACGAGAUAGCGGAGGCGAUGGAUGAUGUUAACUCUGUUUCCAACGCUAUAUUGUCCUCCCCUGAUAGCUUUUUGGGAGAGGUUAAAGAUGAAAAGGAGUUGACUGCAGAAUUGGAGGACCUAUUGUCUGGGAAGACGUUACCCAAUAAGCGAGAACGGGACUUGUCCGAUCAGCGGCUUCCUUCAUUGCCGAAAGGUGAAGUUGGGGAGUUGGAGGAAGGAGAUGAGAUCUUAUCGCACUUUCUUAGUUCUAUUAAUCUUAACGAUUCACAAACUAAUCAACCCCGUCCGAACCUCGAUGCCAACCCAGCGCAGUGA